ACUCAGUCUGAGGAAAACUGUCGAAGAUCCAGGAGGUGUUGUCGCUGGAUGCCGAGUAGUGCGUGAACAGUGCGAUUUAGCUUUCCCCUACAUACACACACACAUACCCUGCUAAAUACAAGUAAGCAGAGCGUGUGCGGGAUAAAUAAAGUGAUCGUUUGAGAAGAUAUGUAGUCAGUCAGCGACGUCUCGUCCAUAAGUACUUAGGUGCGCUUGAAUUGAAACAACCAAAACACAUACAUAUAAUAUAUUAUAUAUGCAAAUAUAUACAUAUAAAUAUCCUAUAGAGAAUAAAUUAAAAUAAUCGAAGUGUUAAAAAAGAAUCAAGUUUUUCGGCUCAACGCUGGCGUCCUUGCUAGGGUACACGAAUCUGAAUCGACCUUACCGCGUUCCCGAUGGAGGCUGCUGAGUCAGCCGGUCUGCCAGCCGACCAGAGUGUAAUUACAACAUCAGCCAACAAUGCGAUAAACACAACAGAUCCCCAAGGUUUUCCACUCGAAAGCGCGCAACAGCAAAAGCCACCACCGAAACUUUCAUUUAGCGAAAAUUCGAGUUCGCUAAUACGAUGUGUACCGAACGAAAGAGCGAUAUUCUUCGUGAAGAUCGACUGUGAUGAAGAUUCCGACUUGUUGCCGUUACAAUUUGAAUGGAGCCGUGGAGAAUUGCCAAUUGCGAGUUCCGAUCGCUUGCGAAUAACACAGACCAGCACCGCUGUGCAAUUGGCUGUGGAGCAUGUGCAGCGGGAGGACGCCGGUCAUUAUACAUUGAUAGCACGAACGAAAGGUAAUGAUUUAAUUCGCAAAGAUGUGGAGCUCAUUGUCGAGGACAGAUCGACAGGUGAGGAUCCGCCCGUAUUUCUACGACGACUAGUUGAUUUGUCGGUGAAAGUGGGAAUACGAACGCGAUUGUUGGUCGAGAUACGUACUUCCACUGAUGUUAAACUCACUUGGUACCGAAAUGAUCGCCGAAUAUGUGAAAACGAUCGAAUAAAUGAAGUAAACGAGGGCAACUUCCACUAUUUGGAAGUGAGUCCUGUUAUAUUGGAAGAUGGUGGACAGUGGAUGGUGUUGGCUGAAAACUCGGGUGGACGCAAUUCAUGCAUAGCACAUUUGAAUGUGCUUGUGCCCAAAGCCUACAAGGCACCCGAGUUCAUCGAGGAGUUACGUGCUGUGCUCACACAACAAGGCACGGUUUCGCUCGAGUGCAAGGUGAUUGGUGUGCCCACACCUCAAUUGCGUUGGUUUAAGGACUCCAAAGAAAUCAAAGCUGGUGAUGUAUUCGCCCUGACCGCUAACCUGGAUGACCCCACUUCACUGGGUACAUAUACUUGCGAAGCUGUCAACUGUAUGGGCAAAUCAUAUUCCAGCUCGAAGGUCCAUGUAGUCGGACGUGGCAGUAGGGAGGGAUCGCUCAAACCAGCUGACAGCAUCCCAAACAAUGCACCACCGCCGAUAUUUACGAAUGAGUUGCGCGAUAUGAGCGUCCGCAUUGGGGAGCCAAUAAUUCUCGGAUGCCAAGUUGUGGUGCCUCCGUGGCCCAAAACAGUAGUAUGGUAUAACAAAAAUGGCCGCAUCGAGUCUGGCGAAAGGUACAAAUUAAUAGAAGAUGGAUUAGGAGUCUACAUGAUCGAAAUAAAACCCUCUGAGAGUUGUGACGAAGGUGAAUGGAAAUGUGUAGUCACAAGCUAUGAAGGAUGUGUGGGCAUUUCAACAUGUAACGUCACAAUGGACGUUCCGAAAAAUUAUCGGAAGCCACGUUUCAUGGAAAGUUUGCGUGCUGUACUUACCGAAGAAGGUCUUGUUUCAUUUGAGUGCAAAGUGGUGGGCUUCCCUACGCCCAUACUUAAAUGGUUUAAAGAUGGUCAGGAACUGAAACCUGGCGACGUUUAUCAACUAACUGGUACCAACUCGCUCGGUACUUACUGCUGUGUGGCUAAAAACUGUAUGGGUGAGAGCAGCAGUGUUGCUGUACUCACCGUUGAGGAUAUACAAAAUCAACUUAACGACGAGGAACGCUUAUUGUUUGCAAAUCAAAAUCAACCACCAAAAUUUGUCGUUGGGCUGAAGAGCCAAGAAGCUAAGAUCAAUGAAAGCUUCCAGUUUAAAGUAAAUGUUAAGGCUACGCCAGAUCCAGUACUCUCUUGGUUUCGUGAUGAACUGCCGGUUGAGAAUAGCGAACGGUAUAAUCAUUAUCGUGGUGAGCAUGAAAAUUGGCACUUAGACAUACGAUGUGUAGAAUUUGUCGACCAAGCGGAAUGGAAGUGUGUUGCUGUGAAUGACUUUGGCACCAGUGUUACAUCUAGUUACUUAAAACUACAGAUACCACGUCAUUACAAGAAACCACGUUUUCUGGAAUGCCUUAGAGCGGUACUCACGGAGGAAGGUGCUGUGAAUUUGGAAUGUAAAGUAAUUGGAGUGCCACAGCCAGUGUUAAAGUGGUACAAGGAUGGUGUUGAGCUAAAACCUGGAGAUAUACAUAGAAUUAUAUCUGGACAAGACGGAACCUGCUGUUUAGGAACGUACACCUGUGAGGCAAGAAACUGUAUGGGCAUUGUAGCAAGUUCAGCUUCAUUGCUUGGCUUCGAGGAGGCCUACAAAACUCAAAAGGAAGAGAAAGCUCAGGAAAACGAGUUGCAGCGUAAUUUUUCUUUAUCGACUAUACAAGAAGAGCACACGUCUCAAUUGUAUGAAACUCCUGUUGGGGAUAUAACAAUUGACUCAAAGGGUGAGGUAUCUUUUUCAUUUGAUGGUAAAGAGGUUUCUGUGUCUCUGUAUGAGACACCCGAUUUAACUGAAGAGGAAGCAUUAAAGAUUGUUGAAAUGUAUGCCGAUCAAAUCUCAGAGCAUGUUACUGAACACAAUGUAGUAGAAUUGCCACCGUUGCGUUUUGUUAAAGAGACUUCGCAAUCGGGUAAACUUCUAAUGGAGGCUGUGGUCAUUGAUAUUUCCCCAGAAUACUUUACGCAGGAGGAGGAUAUGCGCACCGAGGCGGGUUUGGAUGAUAUUUCCAUAACGGAGAUAACUGUACAUGGAUCUUCCGGACAUGAAGAUGAAGUCGAUCGUGAGACUGAAAAUUAUGCCCAACGCAGCUUCGAGAAAAUGGAGGAAGAACUUUCUCUAACUGCACCAAUACGCAAACGUAAGAAAUCACGGCCUACAGAUACUACAGAAGAAUUCUACAGUUUGUCAAAAGCAUCUAAUAGCCAAGCUGGCGAUGAUGACACUUCUGAUUUGCAAACUUUUGCCAGCGCUACACAAAUGUCAUCACGUAUCGAUUCUGCUGUAGGGCCUGAUGCCGCGCAAACCGAGGAAAAUAUACAGCCACCAAAACGUAAAAAGGGCAAGAAACAAACUGACAGUGAUUCAUCAAAAACAAACGAAGAUGAUGCAAGAAUGCAAGACAUUUCUGGAGCAGUUGGCGAUGGUUUGAUCACUGUAAAACCAGUGAAAGUGAUUUCCAGUGCAGAGGAGAUUGAAGAAAAUUUACGCGCUCUUUUGCCACUGGCCAAACUACUGAAAACGAUUGAGCAUCAUUUGACCGUCGUUGAGAAGGAAGUCGUUGAGCAGGCGGCCAUGAUGAUGACCGCAGCUUCGGCUGAGCAGAGUAUCGCUAUAAUUCGCAAUAUUUUUGAUCCAAUAAAACAAGUGCAAAGCAAAUUAAGAGUAUAUUCCGGAGAAACUUCACUUGAUGCCCUCUUUCAAACGAUGGAGGAGGAUAUACGAAAGCUGCACACAAGCCUUCAAGUAAUUGAAAAGUGCGUUGAAAUUGAUGAAACUGGUAUCACACUUAUACAACGGACUAGCGUCUGCAUUAUAGACAGCGUAGGCGAUCAACUAAUAAAGGCUUUAGGAGAAGUGCAGAGUAUAGCAAAGUGUUUCGAGUCAACUAGUUUACGUGCACAUAUUGAUCUAACGGCGGAUGACAUUAAGCAAGGUCUCGAAAUUACACAAGGCACUAUUAAGUCACAGGCUCUACUACAAGAAGCACAAGAAUUAGAAGCAGCUAAGCAUCUUUCAGAAACGGUGGCCAAAUUACAAGUUAUGCCAGAAAUUGAACCUGUCUCGUUUGCGACUAUUUCGGACGCAAAGUUACCUAACGAGGCUGAUGCAUUGAAGGUUAUUUGUCUGCCCGUUGUGAAUUUACAAGCUGCUUUAGAAAAGGUGGAAAAUGAGUUGAGUCUUGAAGAAAACGAAGAACAAAUUUAUAGAAAGGUGCACAAAAAGGUACUUGAAAAUAUUGUAGAACCAAUCAAAGAAUUACAAUCAGUAUUGGAGACAAUUGAACGAAAGGCUGAACUAUCCGGUACACAGUCUACAGAACAAAAGGUUAAUAAUGCUAUAUUGGAUAUUGUAACCCCGGCUCUAUUCGAACUCAAUAAAGGCUUGGAGGUCAUACUAAGUCAGUCGUCUGACAAUGUGCAAGCUGGUAUGUUGACCGUUAGCACUGUGGAAUCAAUGGUUCCGCCCCUACAGGAAAUACAAAAUGGGUUGGCACAACUCACUCAGGAUGUGGAACGUGGUCAUUUCAAUGAAGAAGCGGCGCUCGACUCAGCGGACACUCAAAAGCUGCUUCAAACUAUUGCGCAGUCAGUACUGCACUUUGAGACGAAUAUCGAGAGACUUUCUACACGUUUAUCGCCUAAUGUACAAAAGGGCUUGUUUAGUUUGAAGGAAGAAAUGUCUUCGUUAAUUGGAAAUGUACUCGACGAUAACAUUACCAAAUACCAUGUGACGCUCUUGGAAAACUUAAAGCGUCCAAUUGACGAGCUAAACUACUGCAUACGUCAAAUUGAAAGCAAAUCAAUUUCGGGUUCAUUAACUGACUUUAUUGAUCCUUUACACAGUUUAAGCGAUCGCGUCAAUUUGGGUAAAGAGAUUAUGCAUAUGUCAGGGGCGAAGCAGAAUGAGAAAAAUGUAGAUGUCCUGGAGAGAAUGCAACAAUUAAUUAGAAAUGUGGAAAUUGAUAUUGAAGAACAUGAGUUCAAAAUGCUACAACACGAAGUAGAACUUGACGAGAAACAUGCAGCUGACCAAGAAAAAUCUUUCAUCUACAUGCGUGAAGCAAUGGAGAUGAAAAUAGCUCAAGACGAAGCAGCACAAAAUAUACAAGAGCUUUUACACACACUUACAGAGAUUGAAGCGACACCGGGCUUAGACACUCAAACCCAGGAAGUUUUAUCUCAAUUAGAUCAAAGUCUCACCGGCUUGGUGGCAGAUGUGGAAGUAUUGAAGGAGUCAAAGAGCACACGUGAAGAAAAUGAAGCAGCUACAAGAGUUCUGACUGAUAUCGCUAAACCACUGCAGACGGUUGCUGAGGUAUUACGGAGUACGCUUACACCAGAAAAAGUUCCAAAAAUUCAUUUAGUACCACAAAGUGAAAGUUUGAGCGCAGUUUUGCAAAAAAUAAAAGGCGUCGUGGAGAAUAUACCGGACCUAACUGAGCACCACAUUAAAUUAAAAGCACUGCCAAUUGUACAGUCUGUGCUUGAAAUGGUGCCUGUUCUGCAAUCUAUUACUAAUUUGCCACAAGCAAUAACUGCAGUGACCCAAUCAGCAGUCGGUGAGAAGAAGAAAGCAGAACCGGAUGUUGAUGGCAGUGCUGCAAAGAAACCUAAAUUAGACAGAAAAACCGAAAUAGACAAAGAUAAAAUAAAAACGGCUCCUCCAAAGGUUGAACCAGUAGCAAAGGUUGAGGAUGAAGGCUCGACGCUAGAAGAUAUAUCCGCUAUGAAAUCCCUAGCGGAAUCCUUGCCAGCAGACAGUGAGAACUUCGCUGUGGGCGAUGGAACCGAUCACCUGAAAGCUUUCGAGGCGAAUAAGAGCAAAGUGAACACAUUAUUGUCUCAACUCAAAACUAGCAUUGAAUCAGUAUUAGGGCACAUCGCCAUAGUAGACGUUCCUUCCUUGCAACUAGAAUCUGCGCAAAAGGUUAAAGCAUGUCUGUCCAAGUUAGAAGACGUCAACGAAUGUAUAGCAGAUGUACGUCAACCCAUCAUUGUGGAAACAGUGCAUAUACACUCUGACAUUAGUGACCAUAAAACUUUCGCCGACGCUGUGUGCCAUUUGGAAACAUGUGUGGUGCAAGUUGAGGAGUGUCUUGCGCAACAUGAUUUGAAAGAUCUAAGCGAAAACUCUGUCUCUGACUUGAAAAAAUUGGCUCUACCCUUACAAGAUCUUAAAGAGUGCAUACAAAUAUUCCAUAAUGAAGAAUUGGAACAAGUUAUUAGUUUGCCACCAGCGAGCUUGUCGUUAACAAGUGCUCAGGUUUUACAAGACAUACGUCCCUUUGUGCUUUCUAUAAAAGAGAGUAAUGCACUUGAGACUCUACAGUCUUUAGCGUCAGAUGAGUCUUUAGCACAGCUGCAACAAUUUAUACAACCCAUACAAGAAUUGGAAAAAGCAGUGCUUUCGACAAUUGAUCAAGUGCACUUGUCUCAAAUUGAAGGUUUACCAUCUGAGGUGAGUAUUGUAGUGUUGGAGAAGUGCGCCAAGCCUAUUUGGGAUAUCAGGGAAGCCUUACUGCAUGUGCAAGCUGAAACCCCGCAAUCACCAAUCGAAGAAUGUCCAGCAUUGCAAGCGAUUAGACAGAAAGCCGAUGUCAUAUACAACCUUCUACAAUACUGUGGACAUGCUAAUCUGAUUGCAUUGGAGAAUAUAGCUGAUAUGUCCACACAGGCUGACGUCUCCGCAUUGAAGUCUUGUGCGGAGCUGAAGUCUGUAGAGACCGGAUUGCAACCAGUAGCGAAAGUUGUAGAAGAAAGUGUAAAGUAUCUGGAUAUCAAAGAAUGUAUUGCGGGUGGCAUCAAACAGAUCCAAGUUUGCUUGACUUCGAAUGACACAAAUAAAGAGCCCGAAUUGCAAAAUGUUGGCAAAGUUAUGAAGGAACUUAAAAAUGAAUUAGAAAGCAUGCAAAAUGAAUUGUAUAAGUCAACAACACAGCAAAAUACCGUUGAAGUCAAUCAAAGAGUGGCUAAAACUAUGUUUAAACUGAAGGAAUGCCUGGUGCAUACCUAUGAAACGGAUGUAGGAAAGUCUUUGGACGAGAUUGAAAAAACGUUUGAAGAUAUCUUACAAGCACUGCCGGCUUUGGAAAUACAUCUGGCUCAAGAGAUGUUUACAAAAAUUGAUACAUCUCUGUGCGCAUUUAAAACCACAUUGCUAUGCCCAGAUGUCAAAACUGAUUUACAAAAAUUGGUGGACCCAAUUGAUAACAUUUUGAAGAGCGUAAAAUCAAUAAAUGACUUGAAAACUAUUGAUAUCGAGAAAUGCUCAUUAGUUGUUGGCAACCUUCAAACGCAUUUAAUGGCAGCAUUUAGAGAGCUAAACGAAGUCAGUGACUCAUUAGACGGAGAAGAGCGUGAAACUGCUUUAAGAGCGCAAGACGCUGUGCUUGCCACACAUGAAUUCAUAGUGGACGCCAGAGAGCAACUUCGUACAAUUGAGCUCCUUCAGGUAAUCGACAGUUUGACGCCGAAUCUUAUUUCUAUUUACGAUAGUAUUGCAUUAGCUAAAGAGCAGAAGAACAAACAAGAACUACUUGAAGCGCUGACUCAACGGGUUUCAUCAGGGAAAGCAUUUCUACAAAAUAUUGAAGAAGGCUUAAAUGCCAAUCAUCCACUCUAUUUUAAAUUAGCAGAGGAGAAUGAACUGGACAUACGCAAUGUAGAAGCUGCUCUUAUACGUAUAGAAAAUGAAAUUAUACCAAAACUAGAGUUACAAAUUCCAACCGCUGAAGAUAACGGGCUAGUCGACGUACUCGGAGUGCAUUUGAAAUCUCUUCAAGACAGUUUCGAUAAACUCAACACUUUGCGUAUUAUUUCGCAGGAUAUCCACGGCGAUGAGAAACAAAAUAUAGAAUUCGAAAUGUCUCUUACAUCCAAAAUACUUUCUGAGGAAGAAAAGCUAUAUGCUGAAUUGCAGCAACGCGAAACGUCAUCACCCGCUGAAGAGGAUGUAUCCACAUUGGAAGACGUUUCGGCGAUCGAGUCAUUACUUGGUUCUCCGCUGCGUUCUCACGAUGAACAUAUUCGAUUAUCGUCAGCUGAUGUAGGUAAGGUCGAUGUCUUGUUGUCUCAACUCAAAAGUAGAAUUGUCUCAGUGUUGAAAUAUGGCUCCGAGGUUCAGGUUGACUUUCAACAACUGGAAUCUACUGAACAGGUUAAGGCAAGUUUAUUGAAAUUGGAAAAAAUCCAUGAAUGUUUUGCUGAUGUUGGUCACCCUUCUGUCAUUGAGCCACCUCUCCUAUCCCUCUCCGAAGCUAUUAAUUACAAAACGUUUGCAGAUGCUGUGUGUAAUUUGGAAGCAUGUGUAGUGCAAGUCAAAGAAUGUAUUGCUCAGAGUUGUCUGCAAGAUUUGAGUGAAACUGAGAUGUCCGAACUAAAAACUUUGGAGCAAAAUCUGCACGAUGUUCGUGAAUGCAUUGAAGUUUUCCAAAAUGAGGAGCUAGAGCAAGUUUUAAGUUUGCCAACAAUAAGCAUGUCAUUAAACAGUGCUCAAGUCUUGCAGGAUAUUCAACCAUUUGUCUUAUCCAUCAAAGAGAACCAUGCAUUGGAGACACUGCAGUCUUUAGCAGAGGACGAGUCCCUCGCACAGCUCAAACAGUUUAUUCAACCCAUACAAGAGUUGCAAAAUCUGGCAUUAUCGGAUGUGGAGCAGGUGCACUUGUCUCAAGCGGAGAGCAUUUCUCAAAAAGAAAACGUCGAAAUUCUGAAAAGAUUCGCAAAACCUGUUUUGGAUUUAAGAGAAGCCUUACUACACAUACAAGAAGAGACACCACUAUCAGCGCUGGAAGAAUGCCUGCCCUUAAAAGUGGUGAAGGAAAAGAUAGAUAUCGUGUACCAUCUGCUGCAAUAUUGUGAGCAGGUUGACAUGAGUGUAGUGGAGAACAUUGUGGAUAUGUCCACGCAAGCUGACAUUUCCGCAAUAAAGUCUUGCAUUGAGCCAAAAUCUUCAGAAGCGAACCUUGAGCUAACAGCUGUAGUUGCGCAAGAAAACGUUAAGUUCCCGGAUGUUAAAGAAAACCUUUCAAACAUCAUUAAGCAACUUGAAGCUUGCGCAACUGAUGUGAAAGGGGUAAAUGUUCCGGAACUGCGCGAAGUAUUCGCUGUCGUUAUGGAACUACGAAACGAACUAGAAAUCAUGCAAACCGAGCUCUCCAAAGCAUUCGAGCAACAACAUAUAGCGGAGAGUCAAGCAAAGGUCGCCAAAGUUAUGUUUAAAUUAAAAAAAUGUCUUGCUCAUACCUAUGAAGCGGGAGUGGAUCAAUCUUUGGAACAUAUUGAAACAGCUUUUGCCGAUUUGCUACAAAUCAUGCCAAUCUUAGAAAUUCGACUGGCGCAAGAGAUGUGUUUCAAAAUGGAGUCGGCCACUUUGGAGUUCAGCUCAAUGUGCACCAAAUCAGAAAGCUUAGUAGAACUUCAUAAGCUAAUCGAACCUCUUAAGCUGGUUUUAAAUAACACAAAGGCUAUUAAUGAACUCCAGUUGAUAGAGGUAGAAAAGUCUACAAUGAUUGUGGCUAAUUUACAAUCACAUUUGAUGACAGUCUUUAGAGCGCUUGAUGAGAUUAAUGAAACAAUUGAGUCUGGCAAACGUAAAAAUAUUAUUAAACUGCAAAACGCUGUUAUUUCCAUCUCGAAUUUUAUUGAUACGAGCAAAAAGAGAGUGAGAGUAAUAGAACUGAUUCAGGAACUCGACUCUCUUGUACCGCAACUAAACUCCGUGCUCACCGAAAUUAAUGCAGAAGAAAGCAAUAAAGGAAAGCAAGCAUUUUUGGAAGCACUUACUUUGAGUUUAACAUCGGGAAAGGCAUUUAUAGUUAGAAUUGAGGAAGGGUUAAAAUCUAAAAAUCCUUUAUUCGUGAGACUAUCCACUGAAAAUAGCUUGGACAUUCAAAGAGUUCGUGAGGCAUUAGUUCGUGUGGAAACUGAAAUUCUUCCAAAAAUGCAUUCGGAAAAUCCAUCAGCAGAAGAGGGUGCAUUAGUUGAUACGCUUCGACUUCACUUAAAAAACUUACAAGCUAAACUGGUUGUUAAAAAUAACGGUACUAUUUCAUCACCAAGCGAAGUAAAGGAAACUCUAGAGCCUAUUGACGGCGAGAAGAAAGAGCCGGCUAUUAAUGGUUUGGAAAGCGAACUUAAGCAGAGCGAAGCAGUAAUCUUAAAACAGAAUCAAACUGAAUUAUUAAAAGCUAAAGAGAAACCUGUACCGACGGAGGACGAGCAAGAAGCAAUAUCCCACGAAACUAUAAAAAUAGGUGAAAAAGAAUCGAUCAAAACCGCUGAAUUAGCAAGUAUUAGUAUGGAGCAAGCAUCACAAGAAACUGAAACUGCUACAGCAACCAUCUCUAAGAAGAACGAUCAAUCAGAUUCAGGGGAACCUUGUCUACCAACUGAAAUAUACUUACAAAAAACUGAAGAACUCAUAGGUUUCACAACUGAACUCAUACGGAACUUGAAUAAGCAACAGUUGAGUAAAGCUACAAUAGAAGUUUUCAAGUCGGUUGAAAUAACUUUAAGCGAGAUGAAGAAUUUGAUACAAAUACAUCCGUCAAGUGCAAUCGAAGACCACAUUUUCCUACCAUUAUUCAAGUUAAAAGAUUUGAUUGCAUUUAUUUACCGAUCACCCAUGGAAGACAUUUCGAAGAGCAUGGAGAUGCGUCAAAUUAUACAAAAUUCCAAUAAUGUGUUGCUUGAAGUAUUAAACGGGCAUCAAGGACUCCGAAGUGCAAUGAUCCUUGACAUCACUGAGGCUACUCUACCAUAUAUCGGCAGUAUCAUAUCUUUCAUAGCACAAAUAUUUCCUAAUGACAAGGAGUUGAGUGCGACAUCUAGUGCGCUAGAGCGAAUUUCUUCAGAAUUUGCUGUUAUUAAGAAUCAAAAUGCACCAAAUAUGAAUAUUAGUUCACGCUCUUAUCAAAGUCUCAAAUCAGCUAUAUUCGAUUUGCGAAACUCCUUUGAAUCUAUAUGCACCAAAACCCAAAAUUCGCCACUAUUAGAACAGAAAGAAGACUUAGAUCGUCUAUGUAAAGCUAUAGAUGAAGGCCUCAUUACUGAUGUUUUAGAGAUUCUACAAGAGCUUGAAGUUAAGAAAGACUUGUUUGUUCUCUUAUUGGAAGGGUUAAAAUAUAUAUCUCAAGAAUCGACCCCUAGUACUGUUGCAGACUUUAGGAAAGACGAUGAGCCAAAGCGUGACGAAGACUCUGUUGUACAUAAAAUUAAAAAUGUCCUAGCAGUUAUAGAUGAAAAUGAAAGUUGGAAAGAUAACGAAGAUGAAAUUAAAGAGGCAAUACAAAACCCAACUGACGAACGUUUUUCAAAACUUUUAUUCAAGAUGAGGGAGCACAUCGUUCACACUUAUGAGGGUGCUCCGCUUUCAUCGAACGAAACCAAUUAUAAGUUAGAGGAGAUCAUAGAUAAAUUAUUUGCUAGUAAUCCUGAAGCCACACGAAAAUUGACUGAAGAAUAUUUUGCAAACAUAAAAGCUAAUAAAAAACAUAUAUCUGAGAAUAUUACUAAAAUUGAGGAUAUCGAGUUUCAAAAGAAAGUAAGCACACUAAAUCUUUACUUAGGAAGCAUAAUCAUAACUAUUGAAGAAAUAAUGACGUUGAAAUCUAAAAGUAAACUUGGAAAGAAACUUGAUGCACUUAAAAAAUCUGUAAUGGAUACCGUUAUAUUCUUAGAUGAACUCCAUAAAGUGCAAAGUGCAGAUAAGAAGCUUAGUAUUGAGAAAGCUAAAAAUAUUGCAUUAAGUGAGUUUGAUUAUAUAAAUAAUAAACAAGAAGCGGCACAAUUGCCUAAAAUUCUUUUGGACACAAAUUUAUUAACUAAUAAUCUGCUUGAACUCUGCAUUAAGCUACAAACAGCGCAUAAUAUUCCGUCAAAACAAAAGGAAGAAAGGCGCCUGGUUGAAAAAAUCGAAGAUGUUGAAGUACAGGAGGCUUUUACGAAACUAGAUAAGAACGAGAAAAUACUGCAAGACCCCUUUGAAGUCGAAUCAGUUAAGCCAGAAGUCGUAUCAAUAGGUCUGGAAGCUGAAACACCUCAAACAGAGAGAACUUUUAAAGAGCCUGAGGCGACUAAAACUCCAGAAUCUGUCAAGCCUAAAGCUGUAGUGGAAGCUAAAGCUCCUGAACUAGUAAUUUCUGAAGAACUUACACCUCAAAAAAAGGUUGCUUCUAAGGAACCUGAGGCGACCGAACUGACUGAAACCCCAGAAUCUAUCAAGACGAAAGCAGAAGUGGAAGCUGAGGCUCCUACAGCAGUAGUUUCUGAACAACCUACACCGACAAUUAUGCAAGCUGAAGUCCAUCAACAAGAGGUAUUUUCUAAAGAGCCUGAGGCGAUCGAAAUAACUGGAACCUCAGAAACUGUCAAGUCAGAAGCGGAAGUGGUAGCUGAGGUUCCUGCACCAGUAGUUUCUAAAGAACCUACACCCACAAUUACGCAAGCUGAAGUGCCUCAACCAGAAGUAUGUUUUAAAGGGCCUGAAAUUACCGAAAUAGCUGAAACCUCAGAAACUGCCAAGUCAGAAGAGGAAGCGAUAGCUGAGGUUCCUGCACCAGAAGUUUCUAAAGAACCUACACCCUCAAUUAUGAAAGUUGAAGAGCCUCAACAAGAAGUAUUUUUUAAAGGGCCUGAAGUUACCGAAAUGGCUGAAACCUCAGAAACUGUCAAGUCAGAAGUGGAAGUGGUAGCUGAGGUUCCUGCACCAGUAGUUUUUAAAGAACCUACACCCACAAUUAUGCAAGCUGAACUGCCUCAACAAGAAGUAUGUUUUAAAGGGCCUGAAAUUACCGAAAUAGCUGAAACCUCAGAAACUGUCAAGUCAGAAGAGGAAGUGGUAGUUGAGGUUCCUGCACCAGAAGUUUCUAAAGAACCUACACCCUCAAUUAUGCAAGUUGAAGUGCCUCAACAAGAAGUAUUUUUUAAAGGGCCUGAAGUUACCGAAAUGGCUGAAACCUCAGAAACUGUCAAGUCAGAAGUGGAAGUGGUAGCUGAGGUUCCUGCACCAAUAGUUUUUAAAGAACCUACACCCACAAUUAUGCAAGCUGAAAUGCCUCAUCAAGAGGUAUUUUCUAAGCAGCCAGAGGUGACCGAAUUGACUGAAACCGCAGAAUCUGUCAAGACAGAUGCAGAAGUGGAAGCUGAGGCUCCUACAGCAGUAGUUUCUGAACAACCUACACCGACAAUUAUGCAAGCUGAAGUCCAUCAACAAGAGGUAUUUUCUAAAGAGCCUGAGGCGAUCGAAAUAACUGGAACCUUAGAAACUGUCAAGUCAGAAGCGAAAGUUAUAGCUGAGGAUCCUGCACCAGUAGUUUCUAAAGAACCUACAUCCACAAUUAUGCAAGCUGAAGUGCCUCAUCAAGAGGUAUCUUCUAAGCAGCCUGAGGUGACCGAAUUGACUGAAACCGCAGAAUCUGUCAAGACAGACGCAGAAGUGGAAGCUAAGGCUUCUGUAGCAGUAGUUUCUGAAGAAUCUACACCGACAAUUAUGCAAGCUGAAGUCCAUCAACAAGAGGUAUUUUCUAAAGAGCCUGAGGCGAUCGAAAUAACUGGAACCUCAGAAACUGUCAAGUCAGAAGCGGAAGUGGUAGCUGAGGUUCCUGCACCAGUAGUUUCUAAAGAACCUACACCCACAAUUACGCAAGCUGAAGUGCCUCAACCAGAAGUAUGUUUUAAAGGGCCUGAAAUUACCGAAAUAGCUGAAACCUCAGAAACUGCCAAGUCAGAAGAGGAAGCGAUAGCUGAGGUUCCUGCACCAGAAGUUUCUAAAGAACCUACACCCUCAAUUAUGAAAGUUGAAGAGCCUCAACAAGAAGUAUUUUUUAAAGGGCCUGAAGUUACCGAAAUGGCUGAAACCUCAGAAACUGUCAAGUCAGAAGUGGAAGUGGUAGCUGAGGUUCCUGCACCAGUAGUUUUUAAAGAACCUACACCCACAAUUAUGCAAGCUGAACUGCCUCAACAAGAAGUAUGUUUUAAAGGGCCUGAAAUUACCGAAAUAGCUGAAACCUCAGAAACUGUCAAGUCAGAAGAGGAAGUGGUAGUUGAGGUUCCUGCACCAGAAGUUUCUAAAGAACCUACACCCUCAAUUAUGCAAGUUGAAGUGCCUCAACAAGAAGUAUUUUUUAAAGGGCCUGAAGUUACCGAAAUGGCUGAAACCUCAGAAACUGUCAAGUCAGAAGUGGAAGUGGUAGCUGAGGUUCCUGCACCAAUAGUUUUUAAAGAACCUACACCCACAAUUAUGCAAGCUGAAAUGCCUCAUCAAGAGGUAUUUUCUAAGCAGCCAGAGGUGACCGAAUUGACUGAAACCGCAGAAUCUGUCAAGACAGAUGCAGAAGUGGAAGCUAAGGCUCCUACAGCAGUAGUUUCUGAACAACCUACACCGACAAUUAUGCAAGCUGAAGUCCAUCAACAAGAGGUAUUUUCUAAAGAGCCUGAGUCAGAAACUGAAGUGGUAGCUGAGGUUCCUGCACCAGUAGUUUCUAAAGAACCUACAUCCACAAUUAUGCAAGCUGAAGUGCCUCAUCAAGAAGUACCUUUUAAGCAGCCUGAGGUGACCGAAUUGACUGAAACCGCAGAAUCUGUCAAGACAGACGCAGAAGUGGAAGCUAAGGCUUCUGUAGCAGUAGUUUCUGAAGAAUCUACACCGACAAUUAUGCAAGCUGAAGUCCAUCAACAAGAGGUAUUUUCUAAAGAGCCUGAGGCGACCGAAAUGGCUGAAACCUCAGAAACUGUCAAGUCAGAAGUGGAAGUGGUAGCUGAGGUUCCUGCACCAGUAGUUUCUAAAGAACCUACAUCUACAAUUAUGCACGCUGGAGUGCCUCAUCAAGAAGUACCUUUUAAGCAGCCUGAGGUGACCGAAUUGACUGAAACCGCAGAAUCUGUCAAGACAGACGCAGAAGUGGAAGCUAAGGCUUCUGUAGCAGUAGUUUCUGAAGAAUCUACACCGACAAUUAUGCAAGCUGAAGUCCAUCAACAAGAGGUAUUUUCUAAAGAGCCUGAGGCGACCGAAAUAACUGAAAUCUCAAAAACUGUCAAGUCAGAAACUGAAGUGGUAGCUGAGGUUCCUGCACCAGUAGUUUCUAAAGAACCUACAUCCACAAUUAUGCAAGCUGAAGUGCCUCAACAGGAAGUAUUUUCUAAAGGGCCUGAAAUUACCGAAAUGGCUGAAACUCAAAAAUCUGUCAAGCCAGAAGCAGAAGUUGAAGCUAAGGCUUCUAUAGCAAUAAUUUCUGAAGAACCAACACCUACUGUUAUGCAAGUUGAAGAGCCUCAACAAGAACUAUCUUCUAAAGAGCCUGAGACGUCCAAACUGAUAGAAACAGUAAAAUAUGUUAAACCAGAAGCAGAAGUGGGAACUAAGGCUCCUUUACAAGUAGUUUCUGAAGAACUUACAUCUACAAUUAUACAAGCCGAAGUGCCUAAACAAGAAGUAGUUUCUAAAGAGCUUGAGGCGGCCGAAGUGACUGUAACCUCAGACUCUGUCAAACCAGAAGCGGAAGAGAAAGUUAGGGUCCCUGCAUUCGUAAUUUCUGAAGAAUCUUCAUCUACAGUUUUGCAAGGUGAAGUAAGGUUCCAGAUAGCUUCUAAGGAACCUGAGAUGACUGAACUGACUGAAACCCCAGAAUCUGUUAAAAUUGAAGUAGCAGUAAAAGCUGAUGUAGAAAAUCGGAUGGAAACUGCAUCUACACUCGUUGAUGUGAAAAUAUCAGUUGACGAAAAGACGAUUGAGGAGAAGCCCAUUAAAGAUACUACUGAAGCUAAAGUUGAUAAAGAUGCAUUUCAACAAGUAAUGGCGGAACAAGACGUUUCAGUGCGUGAAGAGCCUCUUAAUCCUAAUUUGUCAAGCUAUUAUGCAAAUAUUGUUGAAAAUCUUUACAUAAUACGUCAGCUGUUUCAAGGAGAGACACAUGCCGUUCUUUUAAAAAAAAUACCACAGAUCAAUAAAGAGUUAGAAACUAUUAUAGCAAUCUCCGAAGCAAUAAAGGUGGUAAAUAAUGUGGAGAAGUCAUCUGAGAAAAUGGUUAUAUUUCAGAAAGUUCUAAUGAAUCUCUUCGUUACAUUUGAUGAUUUACAACAACAAAUAAUUGGGGAGCUAAAAAGUAAAUUGGAAGAAGUUAAAAGUUUGGCUCUUAGUGAGUAUGAAACGAUCGAGAAGAGUACGGGUACACUGAGCUCUGAGAAUGUUUUGAUUAGUAUUUCUAAUUUAAUAAAAUUACUUAUAAAUGUUUGCCAAGAGAUGGUAAAGGAGGGGGAUGCAAAGCAUACCAUUGAAGAUGUAAUUGAAACAAAGAUCGCCGAAGAAGUAACUCAUGAAAAAUUAUCAAAUGAAAAGCAAGAGGAAGCAAACAUUGAUUUUAAGAAAGCAGUUUUAGAAGAACUUGAAAAUAAAGAACUGACUUCGGAAGAAAGCAUAGAAAAGAUGAAGGAAGAUUGUACUGAAGUUACACUUGAAACAGAACCAUCACAAGCUGCUGGAAAAAUCACUGCUAUGUAUAAUAAGGAACCUGAGAAGAAAUGCGAAGUUGAAGUGACUGAGGUACAAAAAGUACAGAAGGAAAUUGUUGCCGAAAUUGUGUUUACAACAACAACUUCAACUGACCAACAUGAACCUACAGAACCUACGCUUUCAGAGGAACUAAGUAAAAAUUUACAGAAAUAUUUCGAAAAUAUUGUCAGCAAUGUUGAUAAUUUUUCAUUUAAAAUAGCUACACCUCAACUUCAGACAUCUCUCAGCAAAAUGAACCCAGUUAUUCCCACAUUGCGCACAUUUGUUUUGGUUGCGAAAUAUUUGAAAAACGUCCAGUCGCUUGAGAAAUCAGCAGAGAGAAUUGUUAGCCUUCAAAAGUCAUUAAUGGACACCUUCGUUAUAUUUGACGAUCUUCACGAAAUAGCAACAAAAGAAUUGAAGCCGAAUUUAGAGGCAGUGAAAACGACCGCUUUGCUAUUGUACGAUAAUAUUGAAAACUCGACAAAAUAUGUGGAGUCUGAAAGGGUGUUACUACUUUUAAAUAAGCUAUCCAGUAGUAUCCUAGAAGUAGCCAAUGUACUACAGAUAGAGCUUCAACAAAAUAAAGAAAAUGUAACAGAAAAUAUUCUAGAGAUAGUACGUGGAACUAAAAUACAGAUCGAUCUAGAAGAAUUCACAGAGUCCACGUUAUCUGAUAAAAAACCUGAUGAAAAGAUUGCGGUUGAUGAACAACGCCAAACGAAGCUGUCGGUGGAAGGAAAAAAAACCGAGAAGAAUCCUGAAGAGCAAGCCGAAAAAGAAGUGUGUACGACUUUAGGGAUUGAAGAGACAGACAACGAAAAUACAACUGAAUUACUACCCAAGCAGUUGCCAAAGUCCGUAAUAGGAAAAUCGUUAGAUGAGAUAGUACUUGCAAAAGUUGUGUCCCAGCAAAAACCAGUUGAAGAAAAAUCACAAGAAAAGCAUGCAGAAGUGAAGUCUGAAGAUGAGAUAAGGAAGUUAAACUUGGAAGAGCAAGAGUCUGAGCAACCCAAAGUGGCGAUCAGAAAUGAGAAAGACAACAAAGCUGUGGAGGAUAAGAAAUUAGAAUCAAAUUUGGAAAAACAAUCUAUAAUAGGGAUUUGCACGAAUAAACCCCAAGAUAUAAAGCUGGACGAAAAAAUUGCAGUCGAGGAAGGUGAUAUGAAACUUGUUAUCGAAGACGCGCAGAACAAUGUUUAUUCUAAACUGGAAGAACUUUAUAAUAAUAUUAUCCAAAAUAUUAUGAGUUUAGAAGAACAAACUAAAGCGGCAACUCAUCCAUUACUUAGCAGGAAACUGACAUCUCUCAAAACAAACAUUGGAAACGUUUCAGAAACGAUUAAAAAUAUUGAGCAGGUUGAAAAAGCCUCAAAAGAUAUAGUAACUCUUCAAAAUAUUUUAAUGGAUAUUUUUGUAACAUUUGAUGAUUUACAUUACAUUAACGACAAGGAUACUAAAUGUAAAAUCGAAGAGGUUAAAAUAAAUGCCUUGGCUGUAUAUGACUUCAUAGAAAAUAGUCAAAAUCACAUAAAUUCGGAAAAUAUUUUGCAAAAAACUUCGGAUUUGGUGGCGAAAAUCUUGAAAACGUGUUCAGAACUUCGCAAAGCCACAGAGGGAGAAAGUAUAGAAGGCUCGGAAGUUUCUCCUACGAAAGGUUUGAUAAUUGCUAGAGAGCCAGAACCAGUAGUAGAAAUAGUAACCGUUAUUAUAGCUGAAAACAAGAGCAAAGAAGAGUCAACAAAGCCUUCAAAGACUGAAACCGAAGUCCCGGUAAACCUGGAUUCGCUGCAAUACUUUAACCAGAUUGUCGAAUAUGUCGAGAAUACGUCUAUCAAAGUUAAUAGUAUAAAUGACUACGAUUUCCGUUCGAAGUUGUCAUCAUCAAACUUAACUCUUGUAAGCAUUGUUUCAUGUAUGGAAUACAUAAAGAAUACGAACACUAUUCAAAAAUCGAAGGAAAAAGUUGUCACACUCCAAAAGAAUCUAAUGGACAUUUUCAUUUUUUAUGAUGACCUACAGGCCGUUACAGAUAAGUCAUUUAGUAAAGAUUUCGAAAAUAUUAAGGAUUUAUCUUUGAGUGAACAUAACGCAAUUGAUAAGUGUGUGGAUGUGAUUGAUACCCAAAAAAUUCUGAAAGAUACUGUGAGACUUUGUGAAGGGGUUCACAGUAUUUGCGAAAAAAUUGCUCAAUAUGUGAAUGCUUCGAAUGUUAUGAAAAGAGUACCAGAAAAUGAUGGAAACAAAAAAUUGGAAGGUCCAAGUAAAGAUACUGAUUCAAUCCAAGAAAUUACCGAUAAAAAUGAAGAAGAAGAGAAAACAGAGACUAUUGUGGACGAUACAAAGAUAAAGCCAUUUGAAAAACCAACUGAAAAACUUUUUGAAGAGAUAUUGAAGAAAGAAAGGGAACCAAAUAUUAAAAGGAAAACGAGUAGUGCAAGAAAAGAAAAAAUACUUGAAGAAUUCAAAGAGAAGGAGAAUUCUUUGGAAGAAAUUAAACAAAGUGAAGAUAAACCGAAAAAAGAAAGUGGUGGUGAGAUCACAGAUGAAAAGCUGAGGGAUGAAAUGAAGAAGAUAGACGAUAAGUCCGAUGUUAUUAAAAUAAAACAAGAUCCUGCAGAAAUACAUCACAAAAAGGCUUUUGAAGAAAUUGAAGAAUUAGAAGAAACACAGUCAAAGAAUGUCGAGAAACGAUUUGUAGAUCUUAAGGGUGGUAAGCUAGAACCUAUAGAUAUAUCUAUUGAGAAACUUUCUGAAGAAGUUAAAAAAAUAGAAGAAAAGCCAACUGAAGAAAGUAGAAGAAGAGGUGACAAAAAUGCUAAAUCUCUCCAUGUGGUUAGUGAUAAGUUAGAGUCUACGAAAAGAUCUACUGAGAAGCCUAUUGAUCAAAUUAAACAAGCAGAAGAAAAAAUAAAAGAGAAACAGAAGAAGGUAGUUGUGGACGCAGAUAAAAAAGAUGUUUCGAGAGCAUCUGAAGAACUCAAAGUUUUUGACGAAAAACUAAAUACGUUUGAAGAAUGCAUUGAAAAACCUAUUGAAGGAACUAAAUAUGCAGAAGAAAAGCUUAAGAAAGAAAAGGAAAAGGCGAAUUUGAACAAGCCAAAUGAUGACGAGAAAGAUUUCGAGGAACUUAAAGAUAAAGAAAACAAAAAGAAGAGCGGGAAUGAAGAUCAUAAGAACGACGAGAAAAAAGCAGCGAGUCCCAAGAUUGCCGAAAAAGAACUGGAGUUUGGAAAGAAACCGGUUGAAAAGACUCCUCAGGAAAUCAAACAGACAGAAGAAAAAUUAAGGGAGGAAAACAACAAGAGUAAAGAACAAAUUUUUUCAGAGCUUAAGGUUGCAGAUAAAACGCCACAGUCUGCGGAAACACCUACUGAGAAACCGUUGGUGGAAAAACCCAAAGACAAUGGGAAGAAAAAUGUUGCUGCUAAUGAAAAAAACAAAGAUAAAGAUGAUGAAGAACAAAAAGAAGCUUUAGAAAAGCCUUCUUCAAAUCUUACUGAAAAACUUAAUGAGAUGAAAGAUAAACCAGAAAAAGAUAGAAGGAAAAAGAGUGCAGAUGAAGGCAAGAAUGUUGAAGAAAAACCGAAUGAUAAAACUAUAAUGAAAGAUAGAGACGAUGAAAAGUAUAGAAAACAAAAAUCUAAGGACCCCAAAUUUGUUGAUAAAAGACAAGAGUCUGUUGAAAUUAAAAAGGAAGAAGAAAUUCAAAAAAUAGAAAAGAGGAAGAAAAGUGUUGGCGAAGAAAAGAAAGCUGACGAUAAGAUGUCUGAAGAUCUCAUAGUUGACAAUGAAAACCCAGUACUUCUUGAACAAGUUAUAGAAAUGUCUAGUGAAAAAACCAAAGACGUAAAGAAAAAAGAUAUAAAUGAACUAACGGUGGAGAAAGUGCAAAAAUCAGAACAACUAAGUGUUGUGGACAGCAAAUUAGAGACUGGAGAUAAAACCGCUGAGAAAGAUAAUAAACAGAUAGAUGAAAAAUCUAACAAACAAAGGAGAAAGAAAAGUUCGGACGAUGAAAAAAGAGAUCACGACAAAAAACUUGAGGAACUCCAUAUCGUUGAGCAAAAAGUUGACAAUAAAAAGUCUGAAAAAGUUAAAAUUGAUAAUGAAAAACAAGUCCCUCUUGAACAAACCCAAGAAGAGAAAGUCAAAGACGAAAAAAAGCAAGAUGGGGUUGAAAUGACCGCGGGGGGAGAGCAAAAUUUCGAGAUACACAAGAUCAUUGAUAACAAAUCAGAGACUGUAGAAAAAACAUUUAAGAAAAAUAAUAAACAGAUGGAUGAAAAACCAAAGAAACAAAAAAAAAGGAAGAGCCCAGGCGAUGAAAAAAAAGAUGAUGAUAAAAAGUCUAAGGAACUCAAUGUUGUUGCUAAAGAAUCAGAAUCUUCUGAAGGGUCCGCUGAAAAACUGUUUGAAGAAAUUCAAAAUAUAGAUGAACAAUUAGACAAAGAAAAGGCAAAUAAAACUCCACUGAUAAAGUCAACUGAGGAAAUGAAUCAGAAAAACGCAAAACCGAAGAUAAAUGAAAAGAGCGAUGAAGUUAAAAAAUUUGAAGAUAACGUUGUUGUGAAAACCCACCCGGAGUCCGUCGUAAAGACCUUAGGUGUUCCAAAUAUGACAACUUCUCCAACAGCAGAUAGACGUCUCAGAAAAGAUGUUUCUGAUGCCGGUAUAAAGCAGCCUGAUCAAUCAAAAACGCACGUUGAUAACUCCCGUCAGGCGGAGUAUAAGGAUAAACGGGAAUCACGUAGCGCUAGACGUGCGCCAAAUGUUGACCUAAAACUGACCAAUAGAAACUCACCAGUAGGAAGCGAUAUAAAGCUUACAUGUAGUAUUUCCGGUGCCGAACUGAAAAUCGACUGGUACAGGGAUAAAACAUUCGUAGAGAACGGCAACAAAUAUCGCAAAACCUUUAACGACGGACUGUCUUGUUUGGAAAUCAAAGCAGUCGACGCCGGCGAUGCGGGUGUUUACCGAUGCGUGGCCACCAAUCGUAAUGGAGAAGUGGAAACGAGCUGCCUUGUAACUGUUUACGAUGUACCGACAACUAAAUUUGGCACCACGCCAAUAUUUACGCGUAACAUAAGAGGUAUGCAAAUUGUUUUUCAUUUCUGA